AUGCAAGAGGAGCUGGUAGUUCUGGUUGUAACCUCUGUUGUCUCUGUUGCUGUCGUAGCUCUCGAGCAGCUGCUCACAGAACUUGAAGAUUUUCUGAGGAUACUGGACAAGGAGAACUUGAGCAGCACUGCCGUUGUGAAGAAGAGCUUCCUCUCUGACCUUCUGCGGGUCUACACCAAGUCCAGCGGUGGCGAUGAGGAAUAUAUUUAUAUGAACAAAGUGACCAUCCACAAACAGCAGGGUGACCAGGAGAAACAAGACAAAGGGCUGGAUCGGAGAAACUCCUUGACCAAUGGAGACUCAGGACUUCAUUCGUCCCCUCCUCAGAAGAGCCUGCCGGACCUCCCUCCUCCAAAGAUUGCCGAAACAAAACAACCUCCGGUCCCCAAGGUCGAAUCCCCGGAGGGAUAUUACGAAGAGGCCGAGCCGUACGAUGUCUCUGUGAACGAAGAUGGUGAAGCCGUUAGUAGCUCCUAUGAAUCUUAUGAUGAAGAAGAGAGCAGCAAAGGCAAGUCAGCAACCCAUCAGUGGCCAUCCACGGAGGCCACCAUUGAGCUGAUGAAGGACGCCCGCAUCUGUGCGUUCCUGUGGAGAAAGAAGUGGCUGGGACAGUGGGCAAAACAGCUGUGUGUUAUCAAGGACACCAGGUUGCUGUGCUACAAGAGCUCCAAAGACCACAGCCCUCAGCUCGACGUGAACUUGCUGGGCUGCACUGUCAUUCACAAGGAAAAGCAAGUGAGGAAGAAGGAGCACAAGCUGAAGAUCAUACCCAUGAGUGCCGACGUCAUCGUGCUGGGGCUGCAGAGUAAAGACCAGGCAGAGCAGUGGCUCAGGGUCAUCCAGGAGACCAGCGGUCUGCUGUGCGAAGGAAGCAGUGAAGGCAACCAGUACAUCCCAGAUUCACAGCGUCUCAGUUACCCAAAGGUGGAGGUAUCCGAGAGGUACUCUGCAGCCUCCGAGAGCGGGAGCAGCACGGACGGCCACCCAGAGACGGUUGAGAUAAAAGAUGUUAAGAAGAAGGGCACAACUGGGCUGAAACUGAGCAACCUGAUGAACCUCGGGAGGAAAAAAUCCAGCUCCCUGGAUAGCCCAGAGAGAUCCCUGGAGACUUCAAGUUACCUGAAUGUGCUAGUGAACAGCCAGUGGAAGUCCCGUUGGUGUCAGAUAAAAGACGGUCACCUCCAUUUCUACCAGGACAAGAACCGAAGCAAACUGGCUCAGCAGCCCCUGAGUCUGGCAGGUUGUGAAAUUAUUCCAGAGCCAAGCCCUGAUCAUCUCUACUCCUUCCGCAUCCUGCACAACGGGGAAGAACGGGUCAUUCUGGAGGCAAAGUCCUCGGAGGAGAUGGGCCACUGGCUGGGCCUCCUCUUGUCGGAGUCAGGCUCCAAAACAGACCCGGAGGAAUUUACCUACGAUUACGUGGACGCCGACCGGGUUUCCUGCAUUGUGAGCGCUGCGAAGAACUCCUUCUUGUACGUCAGCGGCAACGAAGAAGUACCCAAGAGUGAGAGCAAACUGGAGGGAGACCAAGACAGAGUGUACCUGGAUCUCACCCCAGUGAAGUCCUUCCUACACUGUGCUGGCAAGAAGUCAUUGGCAGCAGUGGAAACCAAGCUGGGCAAGAACAGGACGGAGGCGGAGGUGAAGCGGUUCACGGAGGAGAAGGAGCGGCUGGAGAAGGAGAAGGACGAAAUCCGGGCUCAGCUCACCCAGGUGCGCAAGGAGAGGCGGGAGCUGAAGGAAGUGCUCGCGGGCAGCACAGACAAGAGCCUGGAGCAGAGGCUGAAGGAGAUAGAAGAAGAGUGCAAAAGGAAGGAGAGCCGGAGAGUGGACCUGGAGCUGAGCCUGGUGGAGGUGAAGGAGAACCUGAAGAAGGCAGAGUCUGGCCCCGUGACGCUGGGUACCGCGGUGGACACCACGCACCUGGAGAACGCAGCCCCACGGAUUCAGGCAAAAAGUGCCAGUCCGGCAAACAGCGCAGAGAACUCGCCAGUCAAUUCAGCAACGGCUUUAAAAAACCGGCCUUUAUCCGUCAUGGUGACGGGGAAGGGAACAGUCCUACAGAAAGCUAAGGAAUGGGAGAAGAAGGGAGCCAGUUAGAACCACCUUUUCCAGAGACGGACUAAAGACUGGAACUGCCCAUGCAUGGCUAAGGGGAUUCAGUCAUCUGUAGGUGGAGGUUGGGUGUGCAACACAACCCCACACCAAGCGCCGCCUCCACGUCGCACCAGCGGCUCAGCAGCAGCAGUGGGGUCAGCAGCUGCCGAUACGAAUUAUCCCAAACGAUCUCGCUCUUUCCAGACAAGUCCCAAUCACGUAGCUAAAACAAAUAACAACCAGUGGCAAUCCUUGCGUCGAAUUCCUAACCCAGUUGAUGUAAACAAGAACGUUACUGUACAUAGGGGUGUUUUGUGCAUUUCUACUCUGAAGGUUUAUCAAUGAGUUAUUAUGGUUUCUAUAUUAGUGACAGUAGUGGGUUCAGAAGGGGCCUCCGCUAUUCUUUAUACCCCAGUGGUUUUCAACCUGUUGUGGUGAAUAACAGUGAACUCAAGUC